UCUGUCCUGCGUUCAGCCAUCACCAUCUGCAUUCAUUCCCCUUUUGGAUCAAUUCAGUAUUUUGGAUUUUGAAUUUGAAUUUCGAGCAUUCGUCCUCAUGAGGAGGGGAGGGAAAAUUUGGCAACAGCUGGGAACUUUUCCAAUCUGCUCUAACAAAAGCAUAAGCUGGCAAAGAGAUGAAGGAGAAGUCCAUUAACAGAACACCAGUCGAUGAUUUAGGCGAGUUGCUGUUGGGAGAAUCCAAGCUCCAGUUGUACUUGAAAAACCAGCCCAUCAAACCGGAUUCGAGUCUCCAAAACACCCAGCCAGAACUGAUGGAGGUCAGGAAGCACCUUGCGGUUGCUCUGGACCGAGGAAACCUCAAGGCCGAUCACCUCCAGGAAGCCGACCUGCUGAUGGCCAAACUCUGUUAUAUUGAAGGAGAACACAGUGAAGCUUUAGGUCACUACGACCGGGUGAACCUGGACGAGCUGGAGCUGGUUGGAGCUCCUGUGUACAGACUGUCUAUGAUAGCAGAGGCCUACACCACCAAAGGCUUGUGUCUGGAGAAGAUCCCGGAGCCGCCUCCCUUUUUGUUGGACGCCAGCUCUCCGUCGACCCAUCUGAGCCCAGCGGCACGGGAGCAGGAAAUCAUCACCUGCUAUGAAAAGUCCGGAGACAUUGCUCUGCUGUACCUGCAGGAAGCGGAGAAGGCAUUAUCAGGAAGUACUCACAGCCACAGCCCAAAGCCAGGACCAAUGACUCACGAUUUGGAACUGAACUACUUUCUGGAGACAGGCCUGCAGAGAGCCCACGUCAUUUACUUCAAUAACGGAGACCUGCCCCGGGUUGUGGGCAGAUUUCGGGAGAUUCUUCGGGCUGUUGAAACCAGAACCACCCAGAACCUUCGCAUGACAAUAGCCCGACAGCUCGCAGAGAUCCUGCUCCGAGGAAUGUGUGAACAGAGCUACUGGUCUCCUCUGGAAGACCCUCCGAAAGUGUCACCCCGGGAAGAUCCUCCGAAAGUGUCAACCCUGGGUCAUCCUCCGAAAGGUUCACCCGUGGAUGAUCCCACGCAUCGAGGGGCGCGCCGAGCCUCACGAGUGUACUGCGGAGAGAAUUUGUUUUGUCCUCACAAUAACACAGAGGAAGCUCUGCUGCUGCUGCUGAUCAGUGAGUCUAUGGCCAACCAGGACGCUGUCCUGAGCAGGAGUCCUGAGGACAACGAUCGGAUCACCAGCCUAGAGUCUGCCUCCAGGGUGUACGAUCUACUGACCAUAGCGCUGGGCAGGAGGGGGCAGUAUAAGAUGCUGUCGAGGUGCUUGGAGAGAACCUUGAAGUUUGCUUUUGAGGAGUUCCAUUUGUGGUACCAGUUCGCCUUGUCACUAAUGAUUGCCGGCAAAUCCGCUCGUGCUGUCAAGAUUCUGAAGCAGUGCGUCCGUCUGAAGCCUGAGGACCCCACCAUCCCACUGCUGGUCGUUAAACUGUGCAUCGGUCCUCUCCACUGGUUGGACGAAGGGGAGGAGUAUGCAAAGAUGGUGACUGACAUGAUAAAGAUUAAAGGGGAGUUCAAAGCCAAAGGUUUCUUGGCCCUCGGCCUGGUUUACAGCCUCAAAGCCACUGAUGCACUGGCGCAAAACAUACAGGAGGAGUUCCAGAGGAAAGCUAUGCUGACCUUACAGAGAGCUCAGCGCAUGUAUCCCAAUGACCCUCAGAUAUCUUUUUAUAUGGCACUGCAGCUUGCCCUUACCAGAAUGGUCCCUGAGGGAUUGGUGUAUGUUCGACAGUCGCUGCAGGAAGGAGGCGAUAACGUCCACACCCUCCUCCUGCUGGUUCUCCUUCUUUCUUCCAUGAAACAGUAUGACAAUGCUCUCAAAACCUUGGAGAUGGCCCUGAUCGAGCAUCCUGAGAACUUCAAUCUGCUGUAUGCGAAGGUGAAGCUGGAUGCCAUGUGCAGAGGACCGGAAGAAGCUAUUCUGACCUGCAAACGCAUGCUGCAGAUUUGGAAGAGCACCUACAACCUCACCCUGCCACGUAUUUCAGGGCUUCACAGCAGCCUGUUGGACAAGGCCAUACGACAGUUCAACACCCUGACCCUGGCUGACGUCAGUGACCCUGAUGAUGCAGCCAGCCGGUUGGAGCAGGCUCUGUCGGAGGAAGCCUCUCCCCAUGGGAGCGGCGUCCCCAAACACGGACCCCUGGACGCCUGGCUGACCCUGGCUCAGAUCUGGCUUCAUGCAGCUGAGGUCUACAUCGGCAUGAAGAGACCCGAGGAAGCCACGGCGUGCACCCAGGAGGCCGCACAUCUGUUCCCCACCUCCCACAAUACUUUUUACAUGAGGGGGCAGAUCGCCGAGCUGAGGGGGAACAUAGCAGAAGCAAAAACAUGCUAUGAAGAAGCUCUGUGUGUCUGCCCCACUCAUGCCAAGUCCAUGCAGAGACUGGGUGUCGUUCUGCUCCAGCUGGAGAGCUACAGUCUGGCUGAGAAGAUCCUAAGAGAUGGUGUGCGUCUCGACAGCACUUCUCAUGGCAUGUGGAGGAGUCUGGGCGAGGUGCUGCAGGCUCAGGGGAAAGCCACUGACGCCAUCGAUUGUUUCGUCUCUGCCUUGGACCUGGAGGCCACCAGCCCCGUCCUCCCGUUCACCAUAAUUCCCCGAACGCUGUGAGACGUGCAGGCAAACUCGCACACAAAAACAAGGUCGAAAUGCUUGUUUUUGUGUGCGAGUUUUUCUGCUUCUUGGUUCAGAUGGAACCAAGGUGUUGAACUUUGUUGCGGCAGGACUGUUCAGCCUUGUAUGCAUGUUGUUUUUUUCUCAUAAGACUUUUUUUGUCAUUCAAACGUUUGAGUCGCGCGCAUUCUGUGACUCGAGGCGCUUGGUGGCCAGCUGAUGACUCACCAGUUGCCAUCAGCUCACUUCUGUUGUCAGCUUAUAUGAACCAGCAGGAUCCCCAAUAUUUAUAUUUAUUUAAGACCUGAAUUUAAUUCAAGGUGACAUUAAAAAUUAUGUCAAGUCGA